GCACCCUCUCGCUCCUCUUCUCUCACCUCUGCCGCCCUGCACUAUUCGUUGUGGAACUCUCGAGACAGACACUUUUUUCCCAUUCCCCAUUCUAGCCCAGAGACAAGACUCCCUCUCACUGCUACUUCCGCAAUCCCCAAUUUCCGCCUACACACCCUCGCUGCAUGUCUACGACUCGAUCUCCUACUGAUUCUUGUGCUCUAUCGGCCUUAUUUACUACAGAACCAUAUACAACGCUGAUGUAGUGUCUCGCCCUUGUUUCUCUCGACAAAGAAACAGUCACGUCCCUCGCGUGAGGCGCCACCCAGACUCUCGUUCCUCCUCUCCCUCUCUCCUCACUUCUCUCGCCUCCUACCACCUCCACUCAAGCAUACCCUGUACCACCAUUCCGUUCGACGUCUUUGGCCUCAACAGCAAAGAGACUCGACGUAAUUCUGUCUUCAUGGAAAUGUCGAGAUAGCACAGAGACUUUUGCUAUCCCUCAUGGUGGGUCAAAGGCCCUGAAACGCAGCCGGCUCUGCCCCAUACUCUCGCCCGUCUCCACCACAACUUCCCAUACCAUUACUUGCGAAAGUAAUGGCAGAAGAUGAUGUCUUUCCAACUUUCCUCGAGCCUCCCACUGUCACCGCCCUCAGGGGCGAUGCUAUGGCAGGGAUCAAUGCUGGCCGUCAUGCCAUGGAAAGAUCAUUCAGUCAAGACAUUCAAGAAGGAAGCCAGGAUCUGAAAGAGGCUGCUGAACAGACUCGGAACAUCAUUCUUGAUCUUAGUCUCGAUGGUGUCAUCCGCUGGGUCAGUCCCUCGUGGACCGAUGUCGUCGGUACCGAGCUGAACCAGGUCAAAGGUCAGAAGAUCACACACUUUAUUGCUGGCGACGAUCCUCUGGUAUUUGAAAAAGCCACCGAGGCCUUGAAGAGCAAUGACUCCAAGAGCACCAUUAUUAAAUUCGCCAUCAAGGUUGGCACAUCCUCAGACAUCGCGCCCAUGAUACCCACCGAAGACGGCCAGACACCCAACAAAUCUAACGUCGACGUUGAUGAGCAAGGCCUAGCUACCCUCGAGCUCGAGGGCCAGGGGAUUAUGGUCUACGACCGUUCCUCAGGCGGUGGUACUCAUACCAUGUGGAUGUUACAGCCAGCAACGGAGCCUAUACGCAUCGAGAUCGCCCUUCCACAGGCAUUAGUUGAAACCCUGGGUGUCGGUGCUGAGAUUCUCGCCAAAUAUCUCACCGAGUUAGCUGAAGCCGGCGCCAAUGAUCCCGAGAACCAUCCUCCCCCACUUCCAGUCUUAUGCCGCGUCUGCGAAAGGUCUAUCGUCCCCUGGUGGUUCGAAAAACACUCUGAUCUGUGUGUUCAGGAACACAAGGCAGAGAUGGACGUUCAAAUGAUCCAGGAGAGCCUCUCCGAACAGCGCCACGCCAUUGUCAAGGUCCUUGAUGCCUUUGAAGCCCGUCAGGGCCGCCAUGGUUCUGAAUCAUCCUCCCCAAAGCUGGCCCCGGUUCCAGAAUAUAAAGGCUUGUCGAUUGGACCCUCCCCUACGCCCUCAUCAGGCCUGUCUUCCGUAUCCGCGUCCCAUGCUCCAAGCCCUACUAGGUCGCGAAGCCCGUCCGCUGCAGGCACUGCUAAUGCACGCCCACGCUCCUUUGUUGUACGCCGGCCACUCGUCCGCAUUGUCGAGCUUAUCCUUGACCUCUGUGAUACAGCCCUCGAGAUCAACGUGCCAUCCAUCAAGGACAGCAAAACCAACUCUGAGGACGAGUUCCAGUCACAGUCCCCCCAGUCAGAAUCCAGGAUCGCACAAAUCACCCAGUGGCAACCACCAAGCAGUCUGGACAAUGAACCUGGUUUGGCCGCUCUCAGUGCCGACACUGAGAGGCUAGCACGUGCCAAAAUCGAUGCUGUCCAUCGUCACCAGGUGAUUUUGGAGUACUCAGAACGGAUCAGGCAGGAAUACAUGGCAGAAGUUGAUAUAUGCAUCAGCGAAGCCCUCAACAAAGCUGCAAGAGCCGCGGCAGGCGAGCCUUUGUCCUCUAGUGAGAGUGACUUGGAAACAGAAGACGAGACUGUGCUAGAGGGAAUCCUAGAAAGCCCUGGAGAAGAAGAGAAGGCCACUCCUCAUGUCUCUGAGCCUGAAGCCACUCGGGCAAUGCCUUAUGUUGGCCUCAAAUCCCUGGCGUCUGCCCUCCGUAACCCACGGGAUCUACAGCACAUACCUGUGCAUGACCAGAGACGUUCUUCGUCACAAGCCGUUUCCACAGGAUCCAAUAGCCCUAUCGAGUGUCCAACCCCGAAGUCGCAUAAGAGUAGCCUCAUCUCUCAACCCCAGCCAUUAUCCAACCGAAGAUCUCUUUACAUAGAUGAUGCCAACGAUAGCGACAGCAGCCUUCCCUCGAGCAACUGGCGAGCAGAUUCACCUGCCCUGUCUGACCACGGCAGGUCUGCUCACUCUCGCGACAGGAAGCGCAGAAGCAUGCACCUACACAACCUGACAUCGGCUUCUCCUCAUCGCCAGCAAUCACCUGGACGGUAUCCACCCCCACCGCCGUCUCCAUUACGUAUGAACAAAUCGCGAGUAUCCAGCGCCGAACUUGCCCAGUCUCCAAUCGUUUCGCCUCUCCUCACGACCGGUGAAUUCAUGCCUGGCCCGCAUGUUCCCAUAUUGCACCGUCGACAGUCCUCAAUGCAUUCCUCCGACGUACGGACGCCAUCCUCACCCCGGCUCAGUUCCAUCGCCCAACCUCAGCAGCGAGCUCAGCCUCCCUCAAUCAAAGACUUCGAGGUCGUCAAGCCCAUCAGUCGUGGAGCUUUUGGGAGCGUCUAUCUGGCUAAGAAGAAAUCUACUGGAGAGUAUUUCGCAAUCAAAGUCCUCCGAAAAUCCGACAUGGUUGCCAAGAAUCAAGUAACCAAUGUCAAAGCUGAACGAGCAAUCAUGAUGUGGCAAGGCGAGAGUGAUUUCGUGGCCAAGCUCUACUGGACGUUCUCCAGUAAAGACUACCUCUACUUAGUUAUGGAGUUUCUGAAUGGGGGUGAUUGCGCCUCUUUGGUCAAGAUUUUAGGAGGCCUCACAGAAGACUGGGCGAAGAAAUACGUCGCCGAAGUUGUCCUCGGAGUCGAGCAUCUCCAUCAUCGGGGUAUCGUGCAUCGAGACUUGAAGCCUGAUAAUCUCUUGAUUGACUCCAAAGGUCAUUUGAAACUGACCGAUUUCGGUCUCUCCCGGAUGGGGUUGAUCGGGCGCCAGAAACGUGCUUUGAAGCAAUCAGAAGAGCCUGCUCCUGAUCUGCUCAAGCAAGGCCCGUUCACCACUCAUUUAUCCAGUACUGGCUCGAAUCCAACGUCGAGGUCGGCAUCUUUCGAUUAUCAAGGGCCUGGCUCCCCAGCACCUACACCGUUAAUGACGCCCGCCCUCGCGGGUGGCCUUGAUCAGCCCUCAUACUUUAGUUUAAGCAAAGACAGCUCUUUGAGCCGUGAACUGUCUUGGAGGGCGUCGGGCCAUCGCAGCGACAGUGGUAGCCAGUCUAGCUUCGACCUCAACAAUUUACUCAGCAAGCUGGCCUUACAUGACAGCCCAGAGGGUCAGCCUUUAAGCACUAGUCGCAGCCAUACAGGCGACGAGGAAGCUCACAGCCAAGGUAGUGACUCUCCGGACUUGUUUCCCUUGUCUCAGUCCAUGAGUAAUAUCUCACAAGCACCUGCGCCGGUUCCAGUGUCAUCACAAAUGCUCCCACCUCCGACCGCACUCUUUGAUCCCGAAGAAAGCGGUCGCCGCUUUGUUGGGACGCCUGAUUACCUUGCGCCGGAAACAAUCAAUGGUCAAGGCCAAGAUGAAAUGUGUGAUUGGUGGUCACUCGGUUGCAUCAUGUUCGAAUUCCUCUAUGGCUACCCGCCCUUCAAUGCUGAGACACCCGAGGAGGUGUUUGACAAUAUUUUGCAUCGGCGAAUAGCUUGGCCAGAGGACGACGAGACAGAAGUCAGUGCUGAAGCCAAGGAUCUGAUCAACAAGUUGAUUCAAUUGAACCCCAGAGAUCGCCUCGGUGCAAAUGUGGAAGAGAAAUACUCGAGUGGUGGACAAGAAAUCCAGGCUCAUCCUUGGUUCGCAGAUAUUAAUUGGGACACCCUGCUCGAGGACGAAGCACAAUUCAUUCCUGCACCAGAACACCCUGAGGACACCGAAUACUUCGAUUCUCGCGGUGCCACCCUGUCAUCAUUUCCCGAAGAACUUGAGGACCAGAUAUCGCCGUCGGGAACGACACCUGAAGGGACUGGCUAUCCUACACGUCCUCAUGAUGCCUUGUUCCGAGCGCGGACCCAGACCACCUCAGUCAAGAGAGGUCUGAUGCCACUGCACAUUCCUCCUCAUGUUGCGCGGGACUCUCGAAGUAGGCGCUUGAGUGAACCUGUGAUCGCCGAUGAUUUUGGAAACUUCACGUUUAAGAACCUACCUGUCCUGGAGAAGGCCAACAAGGACAUAGUAGAGAAGAUGCGCAAAGAAGCCAUGCAAGCUCAAGCCCGUGGGUACUCGCAUUCGCAGGCUAUGUCUGCGGCUAACAGUCCAGCGGUUGGUUCUCCGGGUCCUUCACUCGAAGGAAGCCCGAUGAUGCCUAUGCCCGUCAAGAGAGCCUUGUCGAUCAGCAAGGGUCAUAGACCGGGCUCACCCUCAAGUCUGACGACCUCAAACUCAUCACCGAGCCGGCCGUCACAGCCCUCGUCGCCUCUGCUUGUACAAUUCUCUACUGCACAACAUCACGAACGACGAAAGACAUCUGGCUCAUCUAAUGGGAGUGCUUCGCUACUGCCAGGCAGCUUUUUUGACAUUCCUCAUGAUGCUGCCAGAUAUGGCAAUUCGGCGGCCAAUUCGCCCAUCAAGUCUAGCCGAGUUCCAGCCGUAUCCCCUGCCAAAGUGAUGAACGUACCACAGAGGCAGACGAGUCUUCAUGGCCGUACCAGGUCUCAGACUGUUGGCUCCCAAGAGAGCGACAGCCAACCUCCCAGGGAGAAUUUCGUCCCUGGUCACCAUAAGCGCAAGAGUCAGCUAUUCGUCCGUGAUGUCUCUCCAUCUUCGUCAGACAAUGAGAAUGCUCAGGCCAAAGCGCUGUUAAAGGUGCAACGCCGGAGACAGAGCUCUCGGCGACUGUCAAAUAUAACAUUUCCUGAUGGGCCAUCAUAUCGACCGCUCGACGUGUUGAUAUGCGAAGAUCAUCCGGUGUCGAAGAUGGUCAUGGAGCGACUCUUUGAGAAGCUUCGGUGCCGCACUGUGACUGCGUCUAAUGGACCGGACGCGCUCAGACUCGCAAUUAGUCAAAUCCAGUUUGACAUCAUAUUUAUGGAAUUCAAGCUUCCCUUGAUCAGCGGUGUGGACGCUGCUCGUAUGAUUCGAGACACCAAGAGCGCCAACACCAACACACCUCUUGUGUGCAUCACUGGAUAUUUGAAAGAUCUUCCAGAGUCGCAUCAUUUUGACACCUUGAUGCAGAAGCCUCCGACCACCCAGAAGCUCUCUGAGAUGCUGACCAAGUAUUGUUUCUGGAAACCAGCUCCGAAGGAAUUCAAGCUAGCACCGGCUUUGCAGAUCCCAUCGAUAGGCCAUCGACUUGAUCGGGCCCAUGCACAAGACAGCCCUAGCUCGGUUGCUUCGAGUCUCGCACCGACAAUGCCGGAUUCAUCGUACAAGGGUUCCAGCCGAGAAGACUCGAUCGGCAGUGGUGGCUUCUUCAGUGAUUUGGAAUCUUACCGGUCUGAGGAUUUGCCGGUGAUCGUCUCUCGUUCGGCGACAAGUGAGUGGUCGAAAGGUGGGCUGGGAAUCUCCGAUGAGAUCGUGCUGGGCCAGAAACCGUACGUACAAAGCGGAUUCCCCCACUUGAUACACACCGAGUCUGCACCUCCUACUGCUUCUGGUGAUGAUCAUGGCGGGUUUGGGUUUCGCACCCCGCGUCGUCAAAGAUCGUCCGAGGCGGUCAAGUCAAAACGCAGUGAGCUGCAAAGACAAAGUGAGAACGCUGGAGCUGCCGAAGAAGGAGACGAUGAAGACGAAGAACUCGGAGACGCACAGGUAAGGGCUCGCUCCCCCGUCGGGAAGAGUGCGCGCCCAACCUCGAAAUUGGGCAUUGAGAUGAUGCGUACCAAUAGUCGGGGAAGUGUCAUCUCGAUGCACGAUGAUCGAGGCGGGGAUGCGGAGAGCCUUCGCCGAUCUCUAGAGGUCCUGGAAGAGCGGAUUGAAAGUCUGAAGAUUCCAGAAGAGCCGACAAACCAAGAACUCGUGUCUGCACAACCUCGAAAACAGCACGAACGAUCUGCCUCUCAGCAUUCACACCCUCAAGGAGAGGCAGAACGUCCUCCGAGCCGUGGGCAUAUUACGCCGCCAGUGAUAUUCCCCCAACGACCCGGGGCCACUGUGACUGAUAUCGAGAUGGAUAGUGACGUUACGCUGGUGCCUACCAGACAUGAGUCGGAGUCAUAGAGGACCCAUUGUCACAACACGGUGACUCGAACAACAUCAACAAACCGCGACUUUUUUUCAUGUAUUUAUGAUGACGACACAAUGAUUUUCUUUUCGACUUUGUUACAACGUGGAACUUUUGAAUUAUUCUUGUGCAACAGUAUAUGCAGGGCGUUGGGGGGGGGCCAGGGACAGCGCGGGAGUCCCGUGUUUGCAGUGAGCAGGAUCUCAACGUGGAUUUCAAUCUACGACUUGUUUGAGGCCUGACUCCAGGUUGGCAGGGACAAUCUUGCAGGUAUAAUCAAGGUGCAGACGCGAGGGACAAGAGCCAUGAUGCAGAGCAGGUGUGGUGGACGAGAAAGAUGCGAUGACACCGUUUCCCACUGUAAAACAGACGCCUGGAUUGACUGACGGUCUGGCGUGCCAACAUUUUAGAUUUCGUCAGACGGAAUAUCAACGGAUAAUUAGCCAUCACCCGUUACAUCGCUCCUGUCUGUGCAUGCAUGCCCAUCACAAUCAAUCUCCAUGUCUUUCUUG